UUUUCUUUGUGGAAACAUCCUUCUGUCCAGCAUGCUCUCUCUCAGGUUCAGUAGUGAUGCAUCUGGGUGAUAUACGUUACAUGCAUUUGUAUUCUUAUCAAAAGUCUCAACAAUUCAUAUUAAUCUGUUGUUGCAGAUAAUAAUAAUGUCAUUGUCAUCUUCUUAAUGCUUGUGCGGGCUAUCUGUCUUCAUUCUUAUCAUCUCGUGUUUGUUGGUUUCAUACCAAGUUUAAUUAUGAAUAGACAACUUACUUUUUGGCUUUCUAAGUAAGCGUUUAUUUUUCAAUCUUCAGGCAAAAGCAGCAUGUGUAUUGAUUGAUUUAUGCUUUGGACCAUUAUCACCAUGGAUAUAUACAAUUACUGCAAAGGUUGAUCUUGCAAUUGAACUUCCGGAGGACCUCUUGUUGUUAUUCAAGAUAGGAUGAUGAUGUUAAAGUAAUAGCCAGAACUGUUGGAUUGCACCGUCUGAUCUCGUUAAAUUUUUAUCCGUUUCUUCAAAAAUAUGUUCAGCCUCAUCAACGUGAUGUCACCGAUUUGCUUGCUGCAGCUGUCCAGGCCUGCCAUGAUAUGGUUGUGCUUUUUUUACUGUAGAUUUUCUAAGCGUUCAUAGUCAAGGCAUGCUGUUCCCAGUUCUGUUCUUCAGAUAGAAGAACUCAUCGAAGUUGUUUUUAUUUGAAUAGUACCUCCUGAUGCGGUUGAACCCUUAUUUAAACAAAUUGUGAAUCAAUUUGUGCAUGAUCGUUCUCGCACAGAGGCCAUUGCUGUUGGGCUGAAUGUUGUGAGGGAGAUCUGUAUCACGAUGCCUUUGUUAAUGAAUGAAGAUCUGCUUCAAGACUUGGUCUUGUACAAAAAAUCACAUGAGAAGGCAGUUUCUUCAGCAGCUCGCUCCUUGAUAACUUUAUUCAGAGAGAUAUGCCCUUCUUUAUUGGUCAAAAAGGACCGUGGCCGUCCGGUCAAUCCCAAAGCAAGGCCAAAAGCAUAUGGAGAAGUUAGUAUAGCUACUGAUGUGCCUGACAUAGAGUUGCUGGAACACGUUGAUAACUCGAUGACUGACAGUUCUGAUGCUGAGGCUUCUGCAUCAGAUUUGGAUGAUGAGUAUGACAGUGAUGCUGAGACAGACAAAGAGGAUGAUUCUUUGGAAGAUGAAGAAGAAGAGGAUGAUGAGGUUUCAGAUGAAAAAAAUGAAGAAGAUUUAGGUAACAGUGAUAACAUUGAUGGGGAGGAAGAUGAUGGUGAUGAUCUUGAUGAUGAUACUGAUGAGAAUGCUGCCUAUGAUGAAUAUGAUAGUGAUACUAAAGAAGAUGUGGAUCUUAGUGAUGAUAAUAUGGAUAUCUCCAGUGAGCUAGAUGCAUCAAGGAAAAAGUCUUCUAAUGACAUCUGCAAUGAUGAUGACCUCAGUAAUCAUGAAUGCGCUUGUGAUGACAACGAUGAAAUAAAGGAAGAGGAGAAGGCCAAAUCAAAGAAGAGGAAGUUUGCGGCAAGGUCCGCAAUACCGUACCGUACCGGAGUUUCGAUCUGGGCUCGGUAUCGGUACGGUACGGUAUACCGAGCGGUACACCCAGGUGUACCGCUCGGUAUAUUUAGACGUGCCGAGCACUGUAGUACUGCUACAGUGCUACAGUGUUGCUACAGUAUCGAAACGGUAACAGAUGGUCCGCGUACCGGAAGCCUGUCGGACCGGUACAUACCGCCCGUACCGGGCGGUACGGACCGGUACUGCAGACCAUGGUUUGCGGAUUAUGUUGGACAACUGAAUACUUCAGAAUCAAGUCUUCGCACUCUUAAAAGACUAACAAUGGCCAAGAUGUCACAGAAAGCUUCAGAUGAAACAGAUGGAAUUCUUUCUAAUGAAGAUUUUCAACGUAUAAAAGAGUUGAAGGCAAAGAAAGAAGCAAAGCUGGUUAUGGCUCAGCAAGGUCUUUUGAGAAAGGGUAUAGACUCGAAAGUCUCAUCUUUCAAAAUUCCCUCUUCUGAGCAAUUAAGUAUAAAGCCAGUGGAUCCUGCUAUGCUAGAGGUCCACAUUAAAAGAAAGCUUAGCAAGGAGGAACGAUUGGCCCUAGUAAGAGCUGGGAGAGAGGAUAGAGGAAAGUAUUAGGCCAGAACUGCUGUGAAACAAAAAAAGACGGGUGAUCUAAGCAAUCGCCAAAAGGAACAUAAAAAGAAGAUGCCUCUUUCUGCCAAAAGAGCAAAAGUAGCUCGCUCUAGGCAGGAGAAAAAACAGCAGCAAAGGCGGUCAGGCAAGCAGUUCCAGGGAAGGAAAGCAUGGAAGUGACAAAAUUUCAUAGCUUCCUAAAAUUUCAUGGCUUCUUAAAGUGACAAGAUUUCGUAAAAUUUUGACCCCAUGCAGUUUCUUCCAUUAGAAAAUUUCAUUUCAAAAGUUAUGAUUUCUGCUUAGAAUUUUGAUUUAUUUUCUUCUGUUGUGUAAAUCUUUAGCUGAUUUCAGAUGAGCUCUAUGUAAAUCAAAGCUGCCUUUUGUCUUAGUUGAAUGC